UGCAGUCGUUUUGUUAUUGUUGUUGUGCAACAUCAAAAUAAAUCUCAAAAGAUAGUGCUUAUUCAUCCACCUAAUAUUCUCCAUUAGGAUAUCUUUCUUUCUUUUUUAUUAUUGACAACAUCAGCCAAAAAUGGACAUCGAAUUUUCAUUGAACGAUAUACUAGGUUAUUUUCAACAAAAAGGUGGUAAAGUAAUCUAUACUGAUUUGGUUACACAUUUCAAAGCUGCGUUGUCCAAUCCGAAUACAUUAGCAAAUGCACGGGUUAUAUUUAAAAACUAUGUAAAUACAUUAGCAACAGUGAUUAAUGAAGACGGGAUGAAAUAUCUAAUUUUACGCCCGAAAUAUAUGAAAACUUUGUCACAAAUAAAUCUGACAUCAAAUUCAAUUUCAUCAUCCUCAUCAUCUUCAGCAUCAUCAUCAUCAAGCUCUCCACCGACAUCGCCAUUACAGACAAAGGCUAUCAUAUCAUCAACGACCAAUUAUCGCUAUUCGAACGAAAACGGUAAUUGUAAAAAUGGCAAUGGCCUUAAACAUUUAAACGAUCUCAAUCAUGCAAAUCCAUAUGUUGAUGAUAUUUCAAUAAGCUCAUCCAUUAAUUCUAAACUUAAUCGACCAUCAUCAUUGCUUAUAACGGACGAUUUAAAUGAUUUAAAUCUUUCAACAUCAACGUACAACAACAACAACAGCAGCCAACAAAAUGACGAUAAAACAAAUGUUAUCAACAAUCCGAAACAUUUGUUGGCCAACAGUUGUGUCUCCAAUGAUGAUUCGAAACCGAGACAGCUGCCAUAUUAUUCAAAUCACAAUAGAACGACAAGAUAUAUGAUGAAUAAUGGUGCUAGCAAUGCCAGUAUCAAAAAUGUCCUUCCAACAAUCAACGAAAUUAAUAUUAAUUCAACUAAAACGUCGUCGUCUAUUGUUAACAAUAAUUGCAAUGAAAAUGAAAAUGAUCCAUUAUUGUUAACUGCCACAAUAGCUGAUGAUUCACCACCGCCAAGACCACCACCAAGAAAAAAGAACAGUUUCAGCCAAUCAUCAUUAUCGCCAUCAUCAUCAUUAACGAAUGUCCUGGUUGCAUCCGCUGCUGGUUCGACAUCCGCCCCUAAUAAUGAGCCUUUUUUACGUAAUAAUGCCCACCAUCAUCACCACAAUCAUCGACAACAACAAUCCAAUGAUACUUUGAUUGAAACAUUUGAAACAGUGAAUACGGUGAAAAAAGAAAUCCAGGAAUUAUCUCGUACUCCCGGACGUGUUAAAGAACAUGCACAAAUAUUAAAUAAAUUGGUUCAGGAUACGAAAUUGCCCAUGCCUACGACAACUACUAAUUCUAUAUCACAAGUGGUGAACAAUAAAAUUCGUUAUAAUCCUAGCUCACAGCAAUCGGAUACUGAUUCCGGUUCUGUACAUCUAACUGAUCCGCUUAAGAAAAGAUGGAUCAUAGCAUCAUCGAACUGUGAUUAUCAGGAACUUGUUUCAUUACUCAAACAAGACCCUGAAUUAUGUCGUUACUGUGAUUGUAUAAUGGGUUAUAGUGCUUUGCAUUGGGCAGCCAAAUUCAAUAAACCCGAAAUAGUCAAAUUGAUGGCUGGUACUUUCAAAGCCGAUCCGAAUGUAAAAUCAUUCAGUGGUAGUACACCACUUCAUAUUGCAGCUCAAUUCAAAAAUGACAACAUCAUGAAAAUGCUUAUCUAUCAUUAUGAUGCUAACCCAGAUAUUCGAGAUAAUUAUGGCAAAAAAGCCCACCAAUACUUGCCCAAAAAGACGAAUGAAUUCAAUGUUCAAUCAUUGUCUAACAGACAAUUAUCCGAUGCGAGCAAUUCAAUUGGAAAUUCACCGGUGAAUAUUUGUAAUACUGGUGGUUCGGCUGCUAGCACAACAGCAUUAUCAGCAACAGAAAAUCUCAAAAAUAAUCUUCGAAAUAAAAUUUCUCAUCAAUCGAUGCUUGUUCGGAAUACAUUACGAAAUACAAAAGCAUUCAAACGGCGGAAAAGCAUGAAUGAGAAAUCUAAACAAAAACAUCAACAAAAGCAGCAAAAUGCCGUUGGCAACAAACAUUCCUGAAAUUUCGUUCCUGUUUAACUUAUAUACUAAUUUUUGUUAAGAAUUUUAAAAUCGGUAUUAAA